AAAUGGCGGCGGCAUUGGUAUACGGGAAGCAAGGCUGUGCGCUUUCUCUGUCUUUAGUGUACUUAGUUAUCUUCUUGGGAACAUCAUUAUGUGACAGAAAGUUGACAACAACAUAUAACCCUGGUUGCAACAUAUCAGCAUGUUUGCCAAAUUUCAAUGGCAGUGCCCUGAACAUAGCAUAUGUAAAAGCAGAGAGCGAAAAUGACACUCUUCAUUACCUGUUCAGUUCUGUGGGAGUCCCAUCUGUGUUGGUUCUAAAGACAGACCCUGGGUCAGGAAAUGCCAUUCAUAUAGACUGGGAGAGCUUGGUCUCAGAGAAUCAGACAUUACCAGGGGCUGUCAGCUGUUCACAGAAAGUUCUCUAUUCAUUUGGCGUCGCAUUUACAAAGCUUUUUGAGUACAAUGACACUAGCGAUAAGGCCAACAUGAUGUUCAACGAUGACGUGGAGGAGGGAGUUGUACAUAAGUUUGAGAGUUUCCUGUGGGAUGCAAUAGUGGACCAUGAUAAAGAUGCCAAGCUGAAUACUGUGAUUUUUAAUACAUCCGUAUCCAUGGAGAAUUCCACAUCUUUUAUGAAUGGAUCUCUAUCUCUCAAGUUCACAGUGUUUAACCACACAGGCAGGACCCAGGAUGCUCUUCCCCAUCUCCUCUACAAUGACAACAUCACCCAGCUAGACUUCACCCUAAACAAGAUUAGCCCACUGUACAAGCAGUCACGGUUUGGCCUGGAAGUGGUGGUCCUCAGUGAAGACAGCCCCAGUAGUGUCCCCACAGAUUUUCACACAGAACAGUCUAUAGAUGAUGAAUAUACACCUGGUGUUUUCAAGGUAACAAACUGGGUAACAAACAAAGCUGAGAAGAAGGAUGAAGGUUUCAUCCAGUGGAAGCCUGUCUGCUACGUUCGUCCGUCACGGAGCCGCUCAGAUGCCACCUACGUGAGGACGUACACUCUGAUGUACAAGGAACAAGACACGAACAGGAGUUUACCGCAGCUGGAGGAAACCAUCCUGUACGCUUACUAUGGCCAGAAACUGAGCGAGUACAAACUGGCCAUGACACUCUCUAAUGUGUCGUUUGGCCUCAGCAAAGACGGCUUUUACACUGCAUCUAACUACACAGUAUGGACGGCCAACAUUGGAUACGGAUCACCGCCUAUAGACUCUGUUUCUCUGUUAGUUAUCGGAAUCAUAUCAGCGGGGUUAGGCCUGCCUGUUCUCAUCAUCAUGUUUGGUGGAAUUUAUGUCUGUGUGAAAAAGAAGAAAAAGGGCACAACGACACAGGUCGAUGUGGGGCCUGGCUAUUCUUCUGUCAAUUCUUAAGUAUAGGCUUGUCCAGUAUUAACUUAAAGAUGACAUGCCAAGUUCAGGAUGGGCUUAUCUGCUCAGGUGCUUUCCGGAUAUAUAUUGGACAAGCUCAGCAUCCCUUGUAACAUGUGUCAAAAUCCUGCAGUUAUAUUUUCGUAUUUGCACAUCUAUCACUGACAAAGUUUUCAUUCUUUCCCUAUGUACUCCCUGUGUUAUCAGGAUGCAGAUGUUUUCUCAUAUCUGCCAAAACCAAAUGGAAAAGUUUUGUGUGAUAACAUUGUCAGGCUUUGAACGGUUAACUGUUGAUAAGGUUUAGCUGUAGAUUGGUAGACUUAAAGUUGCCAUGAUAGUUAUACAUGAAGGUGUGUAAAGAUACAAGAUCUUCGUGAAAAUCAUCGCCAGAUAAUCCAUUAUCCAUAGUAAUGGUGUUUGGACAGAAUAUGAAUAAACAUAACUCAUUUUCCAAGUUUUGUAGAGAUGUGCAAUUCCUGCUCCCAUUCAAACCUCAGGAGCAAUGAAGGUGGCCAAAAUCAGUUUGGUUUAAUGAUGUUGAUCAAAUGUUGGUUGAUGUUAAUGGGGUUAAUUGUGAUCAAAUAUUGGUUAAUGUAAAGAAUAUAAGUUUGGUUUAUCAUAUAUUUGAUCAAAUAUUGGUUGAUGUAGGGAAGAUCAAUUUUCUUAGUUUUUAAUCAAAUGUCGGAUGAUAAAUAUAACAGGAUGAGAUAUAAACGCUAUCUACUUCUAGACGGAAGGGAAUUUCCCUUCAGUCUAGUGGUAGAAGCAAGGACUCCGAACCCAGAGAUCACUGGUUCAAAUCCUCAGCUCCUAUGCCCCGUCACAUAAUUAGGAAAGUGCUGUUUUCUGAAUACAUGUACCACUCCUGUCCUGCAAAUGCUCCAAAGUUAGGUUGUGGGACUUGCACAUAAUGCUAGUCUAAAAUGAGACUCAACGAAACAACUUUAGUGCUAAUGUGUAGAAAAACAUUUUUUUUUUCUCAAAAAUCGUAUAAUUGUUUACAAUGUACUCAGGGAUUCUGCAUUCCUCUCUGUGUGAACUACAUUGUACUGUUGGAUAUCACAUGAACAGGCUCAACCAAAAAUGUUGUUGUUUUGGGAAUUAUUAUUUUUAUUUGGCUGGACAACAGGUAAAUGUGAACCAACAUUAAUGCAGAAGAAGCAGUUUCAUCCUUAAGUUUUCAAAAUUUUAUGUUGGGCUUUUCCCCAAAUGGUAUGUGGACUUACAUUUAACCUUAUACAGUUUCUGUGAUAAACUUUCGGAAUAUAAAGACAGGUUAGCCUCACAUAUUAUGUUGUAGUAUACUGUAACUUUUUAAAUUAUGUAAAUUUACACAGGUACAUUUUAUUGACCACUGCUGUAAUUCUUCAACCUUUUCACAUGUUCACAAAGUGUCUAUGCAAGCAUAUUCUGAAGGCUUUAUUCUGUGUAGACUGUUAAAUUAUACUUUUUAUGAAGGCCUGAAAUUGGCCGAUCCAACCAAUGUAGUUUUGUCUUCAAAAUCAGAUAACAAAUGUGCAUAAAUUGCACUGAAAGUUGCUCAACAUGCGAAAAGGUUGAGGAAUUAGGGUAGUUCAGUGUUCGUAUUUGUAAUUGAUCAGAGUUCCUCAUACCAUGUACAUAGUCAUUGCGGUGUCAAAUAUGUUGUACAUUUUCACCUGUCCCUGUAAAUAAGGCUUUUAACUUCUGUAAAAAAUAUAUUAUCGGGUACAUAUUUUGUUGAAAUAUAAAUUUAUUUAAUGACAAUAUACUGUACCUAAAUGUAUAUGAAUACAACUGAGAAUUAAGAAAAAAUAUGACAAUAAAUGUGUUUUUUUGAUAAUCUGCCGAAAAUAAACAUUCCUUUUUAAGAACAA